CGCCGACUGCGAGCAUCUUCUCUCAUCUUCCCUCUCUGGCGAUGGUGGCCAAGCGGAACAGUAAGAAGCUACGUCCUUCGAAGAUCUCAGAUCCAGACACCUUAUUCCGUUUUCUCGCUUCAUCUAUUGCUUCCGCCGCUCAGGUUUCUAAGCAGCCAAUCUUGAAACAUCUGUUGUGUAUUCUGGGUAAGCUGUCAUCAACUCAACUGAUCAACUGGGAUAGUGGCAACGUUGCCUCGCGUUAUUGGAAUCUCAAAUCCAGUGGAGAAUCUGUCAGUUUCGUUGAUGUUUGUGGCCUCUCUGAUGUGUUGUUCACGGAGCUUGAUAGGAGUUUCGAAAUCCUGUUAAGAAAAGAGAGUUGUUACACGUUUGCAAGUGGAGAGGAAAGUAUUGAAUUGGCCAUACUGUACUUAAGAUGCUGUAUGAAGAUCAUCACUUUACUUUUGCCUGGACACGACAUGGCUCUGGAGAAUGCGAAAACACUUCUCUCAAUCCUCAGUGGUUUGAUUUCCGCAACGUAUGAGGGUACUUCUUCUUCUGACGAGACCCGCCGUACGUUUCUUCGUACAGGGCUUGAGGUUUUCAUCGAUGAGGUUUUGGUGAAUAAGUCAAUCAGGGAUCUGCUUUUCCGUGUAGAUCCUGCAUUCUCCUCAUGUAUACUGUUCAGUAGGCAUGACAUGGCCGGUGUGUUGGAAAUGGUUUCUGCUCACUUUAUCUUAUCAGUUUCUGAUGAGAAACUAAAUGAGAUGUAUGUUGAGAGAUUAUACUGGAAGCAAGUUAGUCCGGUUAGACCACCUCAGUUAACCAUCAGUGCUGCUACGUCCUUGCUGCUAGACCCCGCGAUGUUCUCUGCACCAAGAAUGAUUCACGCCUAUGUGGUUUUAUUGGUCUCUGAUGCCAUCGGUAUUUGUUGUGUUAAGGGUUUAGACCUUCAGCUUUUUGAUAGAUGCGUUGAUGCAUUUGAUAAGUCUGUUGUUCUGUAUACACGGUACACGUGUAAGGAUGAGAAUGAGCCAUCUGAGAAGUUUGGUGUUUCGACGAGUAGUUCUCGGAUGAGAACAACUCAUCUUCUUUUGCCCUCGACACUGGAGAAAGUUAACGAGGUUACAGUGAAGCUAAAGGAUUCAUGGAGCUCAUAUCACAGUAGCAAUGCCAAGAGAGAAAACGAUGAGCUGGUAGCGUGUUCUGUAGCAUACGCAAAGGAAACCCUAACUGUAUUUGAUAGCUCCUACUCAGAAAAUACGUUGUCACAGAUCUUAUCAGUUCUUGGUUGCGCGAUACUUAGAGCUAGUUCUGAUGAUGUCAUGGACUCCGUGUUGCAAAAGUACAGCGCAUCUAGUGUCGAAGAUCUAUAUCUGCUUGCAUCCAUACUAAAGCUGAUGAGCUGUUCGACAUUGCAAGUCAUCCGGGUUCUCCGGCAUUAUCGGUCUGACGACGCUGGGGAUGUUCGAUCUUGCAAGGAAUAUAAAUCCAUGAUGGAUGUUGUUCAACGUUUUGAAAAGUUCAGCGUUCACUUACCCGGUCAAAGUUUCCUCCACGAUAGAAUGGGAUCUCAUCCUCAUGUGCAUUUGAAAUCUAAGUGGAUGCUUAUGCAUUUUUCUGGCUUACUGUCCGUAAGCUUUGCACUUAAGCUUGACUUCCUAAUGAAGGGCUCUGUUUUUGGAAUGGUGAUAUCUCUGUAUCUAUUUAUCCUAGAAGGGGGUGACUUGGAAGCACUUGGGCACUCAGAAAGUCCGUCACCUUCCAUACCAUCCAAAGACUUGGAAGCUUCUGAAGCUGAAGAGACUGCAGUAGAUAGGAAACUGAGCGAGGCAAUUGCUUUGAAGUUCCAAAAAACCCGAACUUUGUACUUGGGCAAGCUAUCUGGAGCUAAAGAUGCAGAGAAUGGUUCGGAUUCAGGAGUUGGUGUGGAAGAGAAAAGCUGCAACGGAGAGAAAUAUCUGUGGUUAUUGGGCGAAAAAGGCGACAUGAAAAGCAGCGACGUGGAGGACCUGGCAGAUUUCAUAGUGUGUGAGCCCGGGAAGGAUUAUAGGGAUUGGAUAAAAGGGAGAGAACGGUUUCGGAGUCAAAAGUGGAAGUGUGGGAAGGCUGCUCUCCGAAGGUGGAACAAGAAGCAAAAGGCUUGGAGAGAGAACAAAAGGAAAUAAUGUCUGAAGAAGUAAGGCUAGUGUAAUCUUUCGUAGUCAAAAGAGUUGUAUUAUAUUACAUUUUCAGACUUACUAGUAACGACACUUAUGUAGAAAUGUGGUUUUCUAGCACUAUAAAAUGUAACAAAAACUGUUUUCUUUCU